CAUUAAAAAGUAUAUAUAUAAAUUUAAAUGCUUUGUGUGUUUGAGCUGGGGGAGGGGAUAAAUUUUUAUUUAUUUAUAGGGGUUAAUAGUCUUGGGUUGCUGUAGUUGAAGUGCUUUACUUUACAAACUGUCCACAAUCAUAGAUUCCCUUGCUCUGUGCAUUGCAAACUGAAACUCUGAGCUCAACUUAACCAUUGCAAUAAGUGGCCUGCACUGCAGCAAACAUUUGGCUGAGAAAAAAUGAGCUACGGCAGCUCCAAUACAGGUUCUGGCAGUGGAACUACUACAAGGACAUUCGAGUUUGGGAGGACCCAUGUGGUAAGGCCCAAAGGGCGGCACCAGGCCACUAUAGUUUGGCUACAUGGCCUUGGUGAUAAGGGCUCAAGCUGGUCCCAGCUCUUGGAAACCCUUCCUCUACCAAAUAUCAAAUGGAUUUGCCCUACUGCUCCUACUCGGCCAGUAAAAUUAUUUGGUGGAUUUCCCUGCACUGCCUGGUGUGACGUCGGAGAUUUUUCAGAAGAUGCACCUGAUGACUUGGAGGGAUUAGAUGCUUCAGCAGCACAUGUUGCCAACCUAUUGUCGACAGAGCCUGCUAACAUCAAACUUGGUAUUGGGGGCUUCAGUAUGGGUGCUGCAACUGCGCUCUACUCUGCCAUGUGCCUUGUUUCUGGAAACUAUGGGAAUGGAAACCUUUACCGAGUCAACUUAAGUGCAAUUGUUGGUCUUAGUGGCUGGCUUCCGUGUUCAAGGACCUUGAGGAAUCGGGUGGAAGGGUCACAUGAGGCAGCAAGACGUGCAGCAUUAUUACCCAUUUUUCUCUGCCAUGGUCUAGGUGACGAUGUGGUUGCAUAUGAACACGGAAAGAGAUCAGCGCAGACCUUAAGCUCUGCUGGAUUUCGAAAUCUUACAUUUAGAACUUACAAUGGGUUAGGUCACUAUACAAUCCCCGAGGAGACCGAUGCAGUUUGUAAUUGGCUGACUGCAACUUUGGAGCUGGAGGGAUCCUGAUCAUACUAGUGGGUCAUAUUGGAAGUUAAGCAUAUAAAAUAAGGGUUGGAAGGGGCACUCUGGAAUAGAUGGAGUUGGUUAUAUGGUUUGCUGCAUGUUUGAGUUGCUAUUCACUUUUUCCUAAAUAAACCUUUUAACCGAGGCUUUCUUGUAUUUGGGGUUUGCUGGUCACCAAGGGAUUUGUGUUUUUCUUUUUCUUCUUUUUUCAAUUUUUGAGGGUGGGGGGUUCAUUAGUAGGAAACAAGGAGAAGAAGAAAAAAGGGGGUGAAUUUUUCACAAAUGGAAAUUUUGUUUUAUCUUUUUUCUUUUGUGGUACUGAUGAAACUCUUAAUAUCUUUGAGACAUUGGACGAAUUUGAAAUGGGGAAUUAAUGCUUGAAAUUA